AUGGGGGAAAUGGAGGCCCCCGCGGUCAGCACGGUGGCAGUGGCGGUCAGCGGGGGCAGGAGCAGCAGGCACGCGCUCAAGUGGGCCCUCGACAAGUUCGUCCCCGAAGGGAGGGUCCUCUUCCGGAUCUUGCACGUCCGCCCGGCUAUCACCAUGGUGCCCACUCCAAUGGGAAAUUUUAUACCAAUCUCACAAGUACGCGAGGAUGUGGCAUCUGCGUACAGAAAAGAAGCAGAAUGGCGAGCCAGUAAUAUGCUAGUUCCUUUCCAGAAGAUGUGUGCUCAGAGAAAGGUAGAAGCUGAAGCUGUUUUACUUGAAUCAGAUGAUGUUGCUUCUGCUAUAAGCGAAGAGAUAGGAAAAUUCAAUAUUUGCAAGUUAGUUUUAGGUUCUUCAUCAAAGAAUAUAUUUCGAAGGAAACUCAAAGGAAGUAAGACUGCAACCAAAAUAUCUGAGUGCAUUCCAAGCUUCUGUACAGCAUAUGUUAUUUCAAAAGGCAAACUAUCAUUUGUGCGCUCAGCUACAUCUGACAUUGCUGAAACGCCUCGAUCCAUAUCCUCUUCAACUGUUUCUUCACCUAGCACUAGAUGUCUUUCCUCCUGUGCACCUUCAGAAUGGGGAGACACAUAUGGAACAGCAAAUGUACCAUUGCAUCAACCUUCCUUGCCAUUGCAGCGUGAUCAAGCAUUGGCAAUCAUAAACAAGUUGUCAAACAGGAGAGCUAGCUAUUCGAGCAGUGUUGUGAGCGAGAUCUCUUACAAUGAUGAGCCGGCCCUGUCAAGGUCACACUCCAUCAUAUCAGAGAUGCAGUUCAGUAGUGGUAGCAGUGGAAAUUCUGUUUACAAGAGCUUCCAAAGAGAUAAUUUGCCUGACAACUCUGAUCAGGCAUCAGUUUCAGAAAUUUCAGAAAAUGUAAAUCAUAUGAGUGAUCAGGAUGAUCUCAGGCUUCAAAUUGAAAGGUUGAGGGUCAAAUUGCAACAUCUUCAUAAGCUUCAUGAACAUGCUCAGCACGAGUCAUUAGACACCACUCAAAAACUGCAUAAGUUGGGCACUCGGCAAAUUGAGGAAGAAAUCAAGCUGAAAGAAAUUCAACUGACAGAGGACACGGUAAGGAGAUUAGUAAGAAAUCAGGAGAUGGAAGAACGCGAAGCAGCGAGAGAAGCUGAAUUUAAUCAACGCUCCGAUGAAAUGGAAGCAAAACACAGUUAUGAUAUUGAAGAAGCUAAUGAGAAUGAAAUGGGAAAGAAGAUUGCUGGACGCAGUUUUGAUGACUAUAAUAGGUAUACGUGGGAGGAAAUUCAGGCAUCGACUUCGUCAUUCUCUUCUGCUCUUAUGAUCGGUAAGGGAUCAUAUGGCACAGUUUACAAGGCGAAAUUCCAUCAUACAGUAGCAGCUGUCAAAGUAUUAAACUCCCCUGAAGGCUGUGGAACUCAGCAAUUACAGCAGGAGCUUGAGGUCCUUGGUAAAAUUCGGCACCCUCACCUUCUGAUGAUGCUUGGAGCAUGCCCUGAACAUGGUUGCCUGGUUUAUGAGUACAUGGAAAAUGGUAGCCUAGACGACAUGCUGCAACGCAGGAAGAAUUCGUCGCCACUGGCCUGGUUUGACCGUUUCAGGAUAGCCUGGGAGGUGGCUGCUGCUCUGAUGUUUCUUCACAGUUCAAAACCAGAACCCAUCAUUCACCGUGACCUGAAGCCUGCGAACAUAUUGCUAGACAGGAACUUGGUGAGCAAGAUAGGUGAUGUAGGCCUAUCAACUUUGCUUCCAAGCAUGGGCCAGUACCUGUCUACAAUGAUCAAGAACACUGCCCCUGUGGGCACUUUCUGCUACAUCGAUCCAGAGUACCAAAGGACCGGUGUACUAUCCAUGAAGUCUGAUGUCUAUGCGCUAGGCAUUGUGCUCUUGCAGUUGCUGACGGCAAGAUCACCGAUGGGCCUAGCGCAUCUUGUGGAGACUGCACUAGAGGAUGGCUGCUUUGUUGACAUCCUGGAUGCAACUGCUGGGCAGUGGCCCUUGAGUGAGACACAAGAACUUGCAGUUCUAGCACUAAGGUGCUCAGAAAUGAGGCGCAAGGACCGGCCCGACUUGAAUGAUCAUGUUCUUCGGACACUGGAGCGGCUGAAGGAUGUCGCAGCCAAGGCCAGGGAAGAUGCUUUUCAGGGUCACACAGCACCUCCAAGCCAUUUCAUUUGCCCCAUACUUCAGGAAGUGAUGGUCGAUCCAUAUGUCGCAUCGGAUGGUUACACCUACGAUCGUAAGGCGAUUGAGUUGUGGCUAAGCACGGACGAGACAUCCCCAAUGACCAGCCUGAUACCAAAUCACUCCCUUCGUUCUGCAAUCAUGGACUGGAGGUCGAAAAGCAAGUGA